GCUUACUCCAACUUGUAAAUAUUUUUGCCUUGGAAGCAAUAACAAUUUAAUUAAUAAAGGAAUCUCCUUUUCUUCUCUAUAUCACAAUUCAUAACUGCAGAUUUUUCUUGUGAAAAAGCAAAUGCUGUGCUUAUCCAAACUAAAUAAAUCUGCAAGUGAAGAAUGUUUGGGUGGUUGGAUUGCUGCAAUUCACAUUCUGAGAGUUAUUGUGAGGAAUUUGCAGAGGAAUUCAACUCUUUCUCUUUGCCUUCACCCCUUCCGCAAUGGCCUAAAGGUAAAGAUUUUGCUACGGGGAAGAUAUGCUUAGGUGAAAUCGAAGUUGUAAAAAUCACAAAUUUUGAUAAGAUAUGGAGCUGUAAUCCUUCACGUGGGAAGGCGAAAGCGGUGAGUUUCUAUAGACCCGUUGGGUUUCCGGAUGGUUUUUUCAGCCUCGGUGACUGCUGUGAGCCGAGCAACAAGAAGUCGAGAGGCUGCUAUGCUCUUGCAGCCAAAUGUGCAUCCGUAGAUGCAACGGGAGAUGAGUCUUCGCCUCUUGAAAAGCCUCUAGACUACACUCUCGUGUGGAGUUCAGAGUCGCGUCGUGAUGGAUGUGGUUAUGUUUGGUCGCCCAAUCCGCCCGAAGGCUAUAAAGCCAUGGGGUUUGUAGUUACGGUCGAGCCUAAUGAACCCGACGUUGAAGAAGUGCGAUGCGUCCGGGUUGACCUAACUGAGAGUUGCGAGGUUGGUGAGGUUUUGUUCGAUAAUAAUUCGCUACGGUCGAGGGAUCAAUUCUAUGUUUGGGAGACGAGGCCGUGCGAACGAGGGAUGCUUUGCAAUGGUGUCCCCGUAGGGACAUUCUUCUGCAGUCGAGAUAGGAAUUGGGAUGACGAGCUGAGUGUUUCUUGCUUGAGGAAUCUUGAUUCUUCGCUGCGUGCAAUGCCGACUUUGGAACAGAUUCAUGCGCUCAUCGAGCACUACGGCCCUACGCUUUACUUCCACCCGGACGAGGUCUAUUUGCCCUCGUCCGUCUCUUGGUUCUUUGAAAAGGGAGCGCUUUUGUACGAACAGGGGAAGGAGAAGGGCUUAGCCAUCGAUUCUAAAGGUGCGGUUUUGCCCGGUGGUGGGGAGAACGACAAAGAGUUCUGGCUCGACCUACCCGACUCCGACGGAGGCGGGGACUACUUGAAACGUGGUAACAUCGAGAGCGCUGAGCUUUACGUUCACGUUAAGCCGGUUUCCGGAGGGACUUUCACGGACAUCGUGAUGUGGAUUUUCUGCCCCUUCAACGGUCCGUCGUCAAUCAAAGCCGGGCUGUGGAGCUACACGUUCGACCGAAUAGGCCAGCACGUCGGCGACUGGGAGCACUUCACCCUCCGUUUGAGCAACUUCGAAGGAGAGCUCCAAAGCGUGUAUUUCUCCGAACACAGCGGCGGAGGGUGGCUGGACGCCUCCGAGCUCGAGUUCGCCGAGGGAAACAAGGCGGUUGUGUACGCGUCGAAGCAUGGGCAUGCGAGCUUCCCACACGAGGGGUGCUACAUUCAGGGCUCUAGCAAGCUUGGAAUCGGAGCAAGGAAUGAUUGUGCUAAGAGCAAGUAUUCCAUAGACUCGAGCACCCGAUACCGGGUCGUGGCGGCCGAGUAUCUCGGAGACGGAGUCGUUUCGGAGCCACAUUGGCUGCAGUACAUGAGAGAGUGGGGCCCUACGGUUGUUUAUGACUCGACAUCCGAACUUGAGAAGAUAAUCAACCACCUACCCUUCUUCAUUAGGUUUUCCGUCGAAAAUCUUAUCGAGCUGUUUCCGACCGAGCUCUACGGCGAGGAGGGGCCAACGGGGCCGAAGGAGAAGGACAAUUGGUUUGGGGACGAGAGGUGUUAACCAUCUUCUUCUCUAAAUUCGUUGCUUUCGCGAACGAAGUUUGGGCACUCAGAGUUCGACGUUCAAAACGUCGCAUUGAACCUCGAACUCUGAGUGUUUGUAGUUAUUAGAUUACAGCGUGAAAUGGCAUUCUUGGGCAUUGUUUCUGCCGCUAGAUUUUGAUACAAAAUUAGGGGCCAAAGUCAUUGUUGUGUGUUGAGUGAUGUGAGAAUUUAGUUUUUUUAAAUUGUACACAUAUAAGUAGGUUUCAAAUAGAAUUUCAAAAUCUGAGUUAUACUGUAUAGUAGUACUAUACUUGCUCUAUAAAUGUUGUAAUUUCUUCUAGACAUUGCUUAAUUGGCUUAAUAUUUUUAUUGUAUGA